GUGCAACGUCACCAUACAACGUUUAGUUUAAAGUAGGGAUUCUUGUCUACAGAACUGCUUUCUACAACUGUAAUUGGCAAACCAAAAGAAAAGUAAUUGAUUUCCCAUCAACAUGCUGUUGGAAGUGUCUCUCGCUCUGUUUGCAGUAUAUCUGAUAUCAUUCGUUAUUCAGACAUGGCUCGAACUCAAAAAAUUGCCACACGGUCCGAUUCCACUUCCGAUCAUCGGUAAUAUGCAUCAGUUAGGAACAAGUCCUCCAUUUUCUAUGUCAGAAUUGUGCGAUAAGUAUCCCAAUGUACUUAGGGUGAAAACCCCCCUGGGAUACAUUGUGUUUCUGAACAGUGUCGAAGCUGCCAGAGAGGCUUUAUUGACCAGAAAAACCGACAUGGCUGGUCGGCCGAAGGAAAUCUUCAGUCCAAUAAAUGAUAUUUUACAGCAUAGAGAUCUCAGUAGUGCAGACUUUGGACCAGCCUUUUCGUUUCGCUCAAAUAUUUUUAAGAAUGCGAUACAUACUUUUGGAGAAGGAGGGGAAAAUAUCGAAAAACGCUUACACAGAGCAGUAAGGAAUCUGCUCAAUAAAUUAGACGAACGAUUAUCGGAGCCUCUUGUUUUGAAAAAAAUUUAUGGACCGACAAUCAUGAUACAACUGUGGGAGUGGCUUUCAUCUGAUCAGCUAGUGCACGAAGAUGCCAAGACACAUAAAAUCGCAGAGUUCAUCGAUCUAUGUAUGACAAUAUCACAACAAGGAACGUUCUAUCAUUUUGUUCCGUUACUUCGUUACUUGCCAACCGAACACCAAAGGAAAAUUAACGAAGCAAUCAAAAUCCGUACUGAGCUGUUUGGAAAAGAAUUCGAUAAUCAUAGGAAGACGUAUCAAAAUGGAGUGGUUCGCGACCUCAUUGAUGCAAUGCUGCUGGCCUUCGAUAAUAAGGAGAAAAAAGGAGGUAAAUUGAUUGGCUCAAGUGACGAUAUUGCAUUUCUUUUGCUCGACGUGCUUCUCGGUGGAAGCGAUACAACUUCUUCAACUCUUCAAUGGUGCAUUCUUUAUGUUGUUGUUAAGCAAGAUGUACAAAGGAAGAUUCAGGAAGAGUUGGAUAAACACAUAGAAAAGGACACUCUGCCGAAUGCUGCAUGUCUAAAAAAUUUAGAUUACCUGCACGCUGUUAUAUGUGAAGUUAUGCGUGCCUCGAUAUUUGUGCCGUUGAUACCACACCGCGCAAUACGCGACACAUCCGUCAUGGGUCAGCCUAUACCUAGUAACACAAUGGUAUUUUUGAAUAUGCUUCGCAUCCACCGCGACCCAAAAGCCUGGGAUAAGCCAAAUGUUUUUGAUCCAAGUCGCUUUCUUGAUGAAAACGGAAAAUUCAUUGGAUGGAAUAAACAACCAGGAUUUAUGCCAUUUGUUUUAGGCAGACGUGCAUGUCCCGGACAGGAAAUUGGCAAGAUUCAUGUUUUGACACUUUUAUCUAGCUUGCUACACCGUUACAACAUAAGGGCUGAUGAAAACCAGCCCUGUCCCGAUCUUAAUGAUGUCGUAUUUACGGCAACUCGUUGUCCAAGAGACUACAAAGUUGUGCUCACCAGACGAGCGUAGACAUUACGACGUUUCUUAAGCUAUGGUUUUAUGAACGUUAAUUCAAAUGCACAUGAACUCCUAGUUUUAAUAUCUUUUUUUGAUCACUGAUCACAGACUUUUUGUAUCAACUUUUCCUUCAUAAUUGUUUUUAUCGAAGAUAAAAACUGCUAAAAGUGUAAGUAGUAAAAUUGAAAAAGAAAAGUUUUUCAAAAAAA